ACCCCUGCCCGGUGCGCGCGCAAGCCCGCGGAGGUUGGAGGUACCACUAAGCGUCAAGUCGCCGCGACAAGAAUCCAGAACUUUUCUGGGAGUGAGGAAAUCCAGAGAACUUUUUUAGGAGUGAGGGGACAGCCAUCCUUCGUGGCUUUUGGGAGCUGAAGCCGCAGGGUUUCGGAUGAGCUGACACCAUGGAGCCUCCAGGACCCAGCACGCCCACAGCCUCUGCCGCUGCCCGGGCAGAUCACUACACCCCAGGCCUCCGGCCACUCCCGAAGCGCAGACUUCUAUAUAGCUUUGCGUUGCUGCUUGCUGUGCUACAGGCUGUCUUUGUUCCAGUAACAGCUAACCCAGCCCAUAAUCGUCCAGCUGGCCUACAGCGGCCGGAGGAGAGCCCAUCAAGAGGACCCUGUCUAGCAGGCCAGUACCUGUCAGAAGGGAACUGCAAGCCUUGCAGAGAGGGUAUUGACUACACCAGCCAUUCCAACCAUUCUCUGGAUUCAUGUAUUCUCUGCACAGUCUGUAAGGAAGAUAAAGUCGUAGAAACCCGAUGCAACAUAACCACAAAUACGGUGUGUCGAUGCAAACCAGGCACCUUUGAAGAUAAAGACUCCCCUGAGAUCUGCCAGUCAUGCUCUAACUGCACUGACGGGGAAGAGGAACUGACUUCCUGUACCCCCAGAGAAAACCGGAAGUGUGUCUCCAAAACGGCUUGGGCAUCUUGGCAUAAGCUAGGCCUCUGGAUAGGACUCCUGGUUCCAGUAGUGCUGCUGAUUGGAGCUCUGCUUGUCUGGAAGACUGGAGCAUGGAGGCAAUGGUUGCUCUGUAUAAAAAGAGGCUGUGAACGGGAUCCCGAAAGUGCGAACUCUGUGCAUUCGUCUCUCUUGGACCGACAGACAUCUAGCACGACAAAUGACUCUAACCACAACACGGAACCUGGCAAGACUCAGAAAACAGGAAAGAAGUUGCUGGUUCCGGUAAACGGAAACGACUCAGCUGACGACCUGAAGUUUAUCUUCGAGUAUUGUUCGGACAUAGUGCCCUUUGACUCCUGGAACCGUCUCAUGCGGCAGUUGGGCCUCACAGACAAUCAAAUCCAAAUGGUCAAAGCCGAAACACUGGUCACACGUGAGGCCCUGUACCAAAUGCUGCUCAAGUGGCGCCACCAGACUGGGCGAAGUGCCUCCAUCAACCAUCUGCUGGAUGCCUUGGAAGCCGUGGAAGAGAGAGAUGCCAUGGAGAAAAUUGAAGACUACGCAGUGAAAUCCGGGAGGUUUACUUAUCAGAACGCUGCAGCCCAACCAGAGACAGGGCCAGGAGGAUCUCAGUGCGUUUGAAGUCAGCCUGAUCUACUUAGUGAACUCAGGACAGCCAAGGCUAUGUAGAGAGCCCCGAAGAUGCAGGCUCUUCAGUAUUAUGAGAAUGUACUUAAUUUUUUCUUGUAGUAGUUAGUGUAUCAUAUUAUUGUAUUAUUUAUAUUAUUACUGUUAAGUACUAUGUUCUCUUAUUAGAAGUUGAACACAGAACCUCUGAGAACACAUAUGCUACAAGUGUUCUAACACACCUCCAGCAUCCCGGAUUACCUUUGUUCCUGAACAAGGCACAAUUGGUAGGGUAUGAUAGGGCCUGCCUAUCAUCCUAACACUCCGGUGAUGGAGCCAGGAAGAUCAAGAGUUCGAGGCCAGCUGGUUCACAUAAGAUCCCAUAUAAUGUGCAGGAUGGCUAAACUUGCUGAGAGCUGACUCUGUGGUCUCCUGUCCCAGAUUCUAGCGAUAUUCAUUACUAAGACCCUUGUCCAGAGACAAAAGACCACCUCUGUAACAGAGGGAAGAAUAAAACAGCCCUAGGGUGGAAACUCCUUGUGAACACAGCCACUGCUGUUUACUGUUAGACUACUGCUCAGCACUACACAGCUGCACGGCACCUCCCUGUGCCAGGUGCUAGUGGGCAGCCUACUGAGGGUACAUCUAACUUGAAUCUAACACACUUGAAGUGAGUUUGCUGGUUUGGACACAGAGGGAGCAUUAAGUGCUACCUGGGGUGACCCUUGAGGACCACGCCCCCUGUAAGCAUUUGACCAUUGUGAGAGUAAACACUGAAACUCACCAUUGUCCUGCCUCAGCCUUUCUAGAGCUGGAAUCAUAGGUAUGCUGCACCGGAUCCAGAAGGAGAAAUAACUACCUUUAGAUACUGUGAUAGGGAUUUCUAGAAAGCUGCCACAUACAGAUUUUUGUCCUGUGUGAAUUCCUAUUGUUUUUUGUUUGUUUUUAAUUUUUUAUUAUUUAUUUUCUUCAUUCACAUUUCAAAUGCUAUCCCAAAAGUCCCCUAUGCCCUCCCCCCCCCUGCCCCCCGCCCUGCUCCCCUACCCACUCACUCACUCCCACUUUUUUUUUUUUUUUUGAGACAGGGUUUCUCUGUGUAGCCCUGGCUGUCCUGGAACUCACUCUGUAGACCAGGCUGGCCUCGAACUCAGAAAUUCACCUGCCUCUGCCUCCCAAGUGCUGGGAUUAAAGGUGUGUGCCACCAUGCCCGGCCUUUUUUUUUUUUUUUUAAUUAGGUAUUUAUUUCAUUUAAAUUUCCAAUGCUAUCCCAAAAGUCCCCCACAUGCUCCCCCACCCACUCCCCACCUGACUUUAUAUGCCUCACUCCCACUUCUUGGCCCUGGUGUUCCCCUGUACUGGGGCAUAUAACGUUUGCAAGACCAAGGGGCGUCUCUUUCCACUGAUGGCCGACUAGGCCAUCUUCUGAUACAUAUGCAGCUAGAGACACGAGCUCUGGGGGGGUACUGGUUAGUUCAUAUUGUUGUUCCACCUAUAGGGUUGCCGACCCCUUCAGCUCCUUGGGUACUUUCUCUAGCUCCUCCACUAGGGGCCCUGUGUUCUAUCCAAUAGAUGACUGUGAGCAUCCACUUCUGUAUUUGCCAGGCACUGGCAUAGCCUCAUACGAGACAGCUAUAUCAGGGUCCAGUUUUGUUUUGUUUUGUUUUAAACUAGCAUGCUGGAGAGGUAGCUCAGCGGUUAAGAGCAGUGGCUGCUCUUCCAGAGGUCCUGAGUUCCAAUUCCCAGCAGCUACAUAGUGGCUCACAACCUUCUCUAAUGGGAUCUGAUGUCCUUUUCUAGUGUGUUUGAAGCCAGUGGCAGUGUAAUUACAUACACAAAAUAAAUAAAUCUUUUUAAAAAAGA